GAUGAUUGGGAUGGGAAUAUUAUUUCGCUGGUGAAAUGCAUGGGUAGAGUGGGGCCGACUGCGAAAGCCGGUCCCGGCGUUAGGAUUGGCCGAUGCUCCAAAUUUCUGAGUUGCAGUUCGCGGCCGACGAAGCUCAUCACCUGCAAAGGCACCCCAGACAGGAUCGAAUACUCGUGCCACCUCCGCCUCGAUCUCAACAGUGAGUCUCAAUCCUCCAGAGUUUGCAACUGACCAGAAGUCUGACAAGCCUGAUAGGUCAAGAUGGGUCGCCAGAUCAGGCCUGCGCGGAUCUACCAGACCGUUAGCCAGGAGCUCAACUCGAAAAUCCUCCCCCAGUAUCCCGUUUAUGAACCACCAUGGUUCCAGGUCAUGAGGGAUAUCCCCCCUUCCGAAAUUAUUACGAGGCCGACGAUCGUCAAUACCCAAAACUCCAACCGCAAGCUUCGCAAGCCUCACGGCAUUUACAAACCUCAACAGAUCAUACAUGAGGAGGACUCCCUACGGAAGACGUUCUUCAGAGACCACCCUUGGGAAUUGGCUCGUCCAAGAAUGAUUCUGGAGACAGAUGGAAAGGACUACCAGAAAUACGACUGGUCCAAGGGCGUCCGCCAAUACAGAACGCCUUUGACCGGUGAAUGCGUCGUCCAGCGACAACUUUGGCUCAUGCACAACAAAAAGCACCCGAGAGCACAGGCGUACGACAUUGCGAGAAAGGAGUUCUACGCGGCGCGCCAGGAGGAAGAGAUUGAGAAGCGCGUCGCCAGGGAGGAGGCAAGACACGUCGGAGCGUACUUUGGCAAGAACAGACUGCAAAUCGCACAGGAUCUGGAAGACAGAGAAUUUGAGGUCUGGAAGGGCUGGGCGGGCGCCAGGGCUGUCGCGAUCGAGCAAGCGCGCACUGCCAGCUACGCUAACUUUGGUGAAGAAGCGACGGAGGAGACUGCUGCCGAGGCGGAGGCGGCAGAAGCAGCGGAGGCGGCGAAGACGGUUUGAGCAGAGAGGCCUCGUGCCUUGUAAGUAUAUGUACUA